GGAACCUGUUACCCCAAAGCCUGUUCGGCUCUGUAGCACGAUCUCGAACUCGCAGCCGGGUCGAUGGUGCUGGGAACGGCGAUGCUCACUUAGCUCCGUCUCCGGCCUCCCCAUGUUUGCACGACGAUCACCUCGCCGGCCUGGGCAUCCCGUUGGAUGGUAUGCCCAAAUCAGUCUACACAUCAGAACACCUGGUCUUGCUCCACCACGCCAAUGCGGUGCCUGGCUUCUCUGCUCCAGGCCGGCAUGUCGUUGCCAUCGCCGUCCAACGCGCUGCCGACGCACCCUAUCUCAUGGACGAGGUACUGGCUUUCACAGCCUUCCACCUGGCGCAUUGCUAUCCCGCAUCGGCAGUGCAUCUCGGAUACAUAGCCACCGAACUUCAAACAAGGGCUCUGGCCUCUUUUUCCCAAGUCAGAGAGACAACAACCAAUUGUGAGCCAUCGUCAACUCUCCCUCGUUACCUCUUUGCUGGUAUCCUAGGUAGACACGUUCUGGCCGACACUCUCGCCCACCGCCGAAACGACUUUCACUCUUUCAUCGACCGGUUUGUCGAUUGCUUCAACCUGAAUCGCGGCAUGACAGCCGUACAUACGCCAACGCAGGAACACCUUCGGGAUCCCGAGAUCGAGCCUUUCGUGAAGCCCGUCCUUGAAGCUCGUGAUAGAAUCACCUCUUCGGGGACCGAAUGCACUCCCUUGCAGGGUCUAAUGGAUGACUCUGACCCUGGAGAAACCAGCAAAGCGGCAUGUCGCAAAGCAAUUGAUCUCCUACAGUCCGCCUUUGACAUUUGUCACAAUCUGGAUGAGGACGACUACUUGCAGGCCGUCUCUGCAUUUUCUGUCAAGAUCGAAGCUGACUUCGUCGACGUACUACGCAAGCACCGACCGGAGGCGUUGGUAAUUCUUGCUUACUAUGGCAUAUUGUUACAUCGUUGUCGAAACUUCUGGGCCUUUUGCGAUGCCGGCAGUUCCGUGAUCCACGCCAUUGCAGGACACUUGGGCAGUUACUCGCGAGAUGCGCUGAAUUGGCCUUUGAAAGAGUUGGAAACUGCAGGUCAUGGCCCAGACUUCGGGUGACCUUUCUGCGCC